CCUGUGGGAAGAUGGAGGCAAAGCAGGGACUCCACGACCAUCCUCAUGGAUUUGGUACAUUAUUAGUUCCACAUCCACCCAUCAAACCUGCAGAGCCCAAGUUACCACCCAUACAAGGUCACACAAAACUACCUCCAAUAAGAAAGUACCCUUUGAUUGAGCAGAAAGGGUACUACUCUGAACUCAUUACAACUGCAGCCAAACCAAGACUUCAGCCUUGCACAGAUGGACCAGUGACCCAACAGAGUUUACUCUGCCAAGCUGGGUAUGAGUGCAACACUCCAAAAGUGACCACCUUCUGGACACCCCAUGAACUACACAGCCUUGUUGAGAAGGACAGCCAUGGACCCAGCACCCAGAUCCAGCAGCAGACUGACUUUGCCCCAGGAGGUCACACAGCCAAGGUCCAGCUGCCCUACAACAGCCUGCCAGGAGAGAUCCCUCGCAAGAUAGAGAUUGAAAGACGCAGACGGCAGUACCUACAGCUGGACAUCGCCCAGCUCCUGGCAGAGGAAGGCAUUGACUCAAAUCUCCUGAUGUCUCGCCACCAGGGAACAGAGGAAUGUGUGAGCGCCCCAGACAGUCCACUCCCACCAGUGGCAAACUACCUGCCUCUAGAGGUUUUUGACAAUGAAGAGUAUGACUGUCGGACCCCUCAAGACUGGCUUGCCCUGGGCUGUGAUCCUGGAUCAACUGACCGCAAACCUAUACCUGCUAAAGCCCUGCUGCCCACAAUUGACAAAAUACCUCCAGAGGACCCAAAAAGCCCCACUAUGGAGUACAGCUGGCAGUUUGUUGGAGUCCUAAACUACUGCCAGGAGAAAGGCCUUUACCUGGUCCAGAAGGCUGAUAGCAGCGGGCAUAUCAAAGAUGCAGAGGGAAAUCCUGUUCUUAAUGGGGCCCAGAAAAUCCAAGGUGUGUACCAUCUGACCGCCACUCAGUACUGGGUUCCCAGGAUCAGGCUGCUGUUCAGUGCUGAGGACCCUCGGGUCUUCUGCCAGCGGGUGCAGUUUGCCCAUCGCUGGAGGGACAACACCGAGGCCCUGCUGCUCUACCACCUGUCUGUCGACUGCAUGCCUGUGUGGAGCGGCACCCCGUCUUUGAACUCCCAAAGCCUCAACCGCAUACAGAAAUACGCCCUCUCCACACCUGGCCUUCGACUCAAAAUUCUGGAGGAGUGUGUAGGUCGUCUGGGGAAGGAGAUACAGCUGGAUUUCGACCGCACCAUGAACAGAAUCAGCUUUGACAGAGUGGUGCUGUCCAACCCUGAGGAGUUCUCCCACAUCACUCUGCCUCAGGAAGAUCCUGAGUGUGUGCCCCAGGAGGGGUUAGUGUAUGUCCCUGACUACCCCUUUGAGAAGAACCGAGCUGCAUUUGCCUUCCACUCCCUGCUGACCAAGCCAGAGGUGAUCUCUGCCUUGUCCAAAGUGCGAGCCGAGUGUAACAGAGUGGCAGCCAUGAGCCUCUUCCAUGUCACCUUCACCAAAUCGCUGCGUCUGGAAGAAUUUGAGGUCACCCAGUCUCAGACACAUGCACAGGUACAGUUGUUCCUGAGAGACUCGUUGGUGACCACGCUGUGUAAUGGCGUGCGCUACAGCCUGAGAGAAGUGGGGCCUGGCUGGUACAGUCUGUCUGAGUCCCGCUGGGAGGUGUACAGGAUGUCCAAGCUGUGCAGCCUCAUGGGCCUGGUGCGCUACAACCUGCAGGACUCCCUGCGCUUCCUGGUUCAGGACUCGAUGGUCAGCUUUGCCCAGCUGCUGCUGGACGCCUGCCACAGUGUCCUCUCCUGUCCUCAGGACCUGGUCUGGGGGUCUGACCUCAUCAACAGCCCUUACAAGCCUAAGAAGAACCCUCUGUUCCUGGUAGAUCUGGUUCUGGACCAGACUGGAGUCCAUUACAGCACUCCUCUGGAGAACUUUGAAACAUCUCUCAUGACUUUGUUUGAUAAGGGAGUACUGUCCACACACAACGUACCUCAACUGGACAAGUUUGUGAUGCAGAAGAUGUUCAUCAGUGGAAUUCCCCUGCUGGAGUCUGUGGGUCUGUUGGAGCCUGUGGUCUCCGAGCUGAGAGAGGUGAUCCGUCAAGCCCUGCGUCAGGCAGCCAUACCUCUAAAGGCCUACGCCCGCGAGUAUGAGAAGCACCUGGAACUGCACAACUCCAACAUUGACACCUUCCUCACAGCCCACAGUCAGGAGAGCCAGACUCCCCAGGAGGUGAAGAAGGAGGUGGUGCAGCACCUGAAGGAGCAGGAGACUCUGGACCACUCCAUCCCUGCCUCCAUAGUCAUCGGACCUUUCACUGUCAGUGUGAAUAGUGUACGCCAGAAUCUGUCCAAGAAACGCAAAGCCUUGGCCAACGCUGUGCUCGACCGGCUUGUUAUCAAACUGCACAAGCAAGUGGAAGAGGCAUGUGAAGAGUGCAAGGCCAUCAGCAUGAAACUGUACGAGAAACCCAACAGCAUUGAGGAGCUUUCCGAGCAGCGGGAUUGGAUGAAGCAGAUCCCAGAGCAGCUGAAGGCCCAUGAGGAGAUCCUAUCUAAAGCCAUGUCAGACUACGAGCUGAUUGACGAGUUCUUCUACAGUCUGUCAAAUGAAGACUUCAACGGAAAGUGGACAGCCAUGGCGUGGUCACACAAGAUCGUGACCCAGAUGGAGACAGUAUCAGAGCAGCACUUGGAGGACGAAGAACGCUUCCACAAGAUCCAGCUGGCCGACCAGAACAACUUCCAGGAGCGCAUUGACUCUCUGCAGAUGCUGGUGGCCGGCUUCGCCGCCUACACCGACGUGAGCAGAGCCCACGAGGUGGCCAACGAGGUGAGGCGUGUGGGGAAGCAGCUGAAGGAAUCCCAGACCAUGGCCCAGACCUACAACAACCGGGAACGCCUGUUUGGACUCCCCGUCACCAACUACGAGCGUUUGCACAAGCUCAGCAGGGACUUCCAGCCCUUCAGAGACCUGUGGACCACCACGUCAGACUGGCUGCGCUGGCACGAGAGCUGGCUCAACGACCCGCUGUCCACCAUCGACCCCGAGCUGCUGGAGCGAAACGUCACAGACGCCUUCAAGACCAUGCACAAGUGUGUCAAACAGUUUAAGGACAUCCCCGCCUGUCAGGAGGUGGCGUCGGAGAUCCGGGAAAAGAUCGACGAGUUCCGACCGUCCAUCCCCCUGAUCCAGGGCCUGAGGAACCCUGGGAUGCGGGCCCGUCACUGGGAGCUGCUGUCGGACCGCAUCCACAUGAACGUGAAGCCCAAAGCCAACCUGACCUUCUCCCGCUGCCUGGAGCUGGGCCUGCAGGACCACGUCAGUGAGAUAGCCCACGUGGCCGAGGUGGCGGGGAAGGAGUACGCCAUCGAGCAGGCCCUGAAUAAGAUGGAGAAGGAGUGGUCCACGGUGAUGUUCGAGGUGCUGCCUUACAAGGAGACGGGCACGUACAUCCUGAAGAGCCCGGACGAGGCCUCCCAGCUCCUGGAUGAUCACAUCGUCAUGACCCAGAGCAUGUCCUUCUCCCCUUACAAGAAGCCCUUCGAGGAGCGCAUCAGCGCCUGGGAGACCAAGCUCAGGAUGACGCAGGAUGUGCUGGAAGAGUGGCUGACAUGCCAGCGCUCCUGGCUCUACCUGGAGCCCAUCUUCAGCUCGGAUGACAUCAACCGCCAGCUGCCCGUGGAGGGCAAGAGGUACCAGACCAUGGAGCGCACCUGGAGGAAGGUCAUGACGAGGGCUCACGACAACAAACAGGUUAUCGACCUGUGUCCAGACCCCCGCCUGUUGGACAGUCUGAAGGACUGUAACAAGCUGCUGGAGCUGGUCCAGAAGGGGCUGAGCGAGUACCUGGAGACUAAGAGGGGAUCUUUCCCCAGAUUCUAUUUCUUGUCAGAUGAUGAGCUGUUGGAGAUUUUGUCCCAGACCAAAGAUCCUACUGCGGUCCAGCCUCAUCUACGCAAGUGCUUCGAGAACAUUGCUCGGCUGAAGUUCCAGCCAGACUUGAAGAUCACCCACAUGUACUCCGGUGAGGGUGAGGAGGUGAUGCUCAGUGUGCCAGUGUGGCCCUCUGGGAAUGUGGAGGACUGGCUGAGGGAAGUGGAAAAGUCUAUGAAGGCCAGUCUGAGGGACCAGAUUCAACGCUCCCUUCAGGCCUACCCACAGGAACCGCGUACCACCUGGGUGUUGUCAUGGCCGGGGCAGGUGGUCAUUGCUGGCUGUCAGACCUUCUGGACCACGGAGGUGUCUGGGGCCCUGGAGCAGGGAGACAUGGGUAGCCGUCUCUACCCCCAGCUACAGGCCCAGCUGGGUGACCUGGUGCAGCUGGUGAGGGGGCGCCUGUCCAGGAUGCAGAGGGCCGUCCUCUCCGCCCUCAUCGUCAUCGAGGUCCACGCCAAGGACGUGUCUGCCAAGCUGGUGGAUGAAGGAGUGUGUAGUGUCAAUGACUUUGAGUGGAUCAGCCAGCUCAGGUAUUACUGGGCCAGAGAUGACCUGUAUAUCCGUGCUGUGAAUGCAGAGUUCCUGUAUGGAUAUGAGUACCUGGGUAACUCUGGACGUCUGGUCAUCACCCCCCUCACAGACAGGUGCUAUCUGACCCUCACAGGAGCACUGCACCUGAAGUUUGGGGGGGCUCCUGCAGGUCCAGCAGGAACAGGGAAGACCGAGACCACCAAAGACCUGGGGAAGGCCCUGGCCAUCCAGACUGUGGUGUUCAACUGCUCUGACCAGCUGGACUUCAUCGCUAUGGGCAAGUUCCUCAAGGGACUGGCCAGCUCUGGAGCCUGGGCAUGUUUUGACGAGUUUAACCGCAUUGAUGUGGAGGUGCUGUCUGUGGUAGCCCAACAGAUCACAACUAUCCAGAAAGCCCAGCAACAGAGGGUGGAGCGCUUUGUGUUUGAGGGGGUAGAAAUUCCACUGGUGGCCUCCUGUGCUGUCUUCAUUACCAUGAACCCUGGUUAUGCAGGGCGCACUGAACUGCCAGAUAACCUCAAGGCCCUGUUCCGUCCUGUUGCUAUGAUGGUCCCUGACUACGCCAUGAUUGCUGAGAUCUCCCUCUACUCGUUUGGCUUCAGUGAUGCCAAAGUUCUUUCUAAGAAGAUCACUACCACCUUCAAACUGUCCUCAGAGCAGCUCAGCUCCCAGGAUCAUUAUGACUUUGGGAUGAGGGCUGUGAAGACCGUGAUCUCUGCAGCUGGAAACCUAAAGAGAGAAAAUCCUGAUAUGAAUGAGGAGCUGAUCUGUCUGCGGGCUAUAAGAGACGUCAACGUCCCCAAGUUCCUCCAAGACGACCUCAAGCUCUUUUACGGCAUCGUGUCAGACCUUUUCCCCAAGAUCAAAGAGGAGCCCAUCGACUACGGCACCCUGGAGAAGUCAAUCCGAGACGUCUGCACCAAGAAGUACCUCAAGGAUGUGGAUGCAUAUAUCACCAAGUGUAUCCAGCUGUAUGAAACCACUGUCGUGAGACAUGGCCUGAUGCUGGUGGGACCAUCUGGCUCUGGGAAAACCAAGUGCUAUGAGAUCCUGGGUGCGGCCAUAACAGCCCUGCAGGGCCAGCCGUCAGUGAGCGGUGGGGUGUAUGAGGUUGUUCAUAUUCAUGUCCUCAACCCCAAGUCCAUUACCAUGGGACAGCUCUAUGGAGAGUUUGACCUGCUGACCCAUGAGUGGACCGAUGGAAUCCUCUCGUCCCUCAUCCGGGGGGGGACGAGCACCAUGGAUGAGGAGAAGAAGUGGUACAUGUUCGACGGACCGGUGGACGCCGUGUGGAUUGAGAACAUGAACACCGUGCUGGACGACAACAAAAAACUCUGUCUGAGCUCUGGAGAGAUCAUCAAACUGACAGACGUUAUGACCUUGAUGUUUGAGGUGGAGGACCUAGCAGUGGCCUCCCCAGCCACGGUAUCUCGCUGUGGGAUGGUGUACCUGGAGCCCAGCAUCCUGGGACUCACACCUUUCACAGAGUGCUGGCUCAGGAAGGUCCCUGAGCCUUUCCAGCCCUACACAGACCAGCUGAACUCCCUCUUCACCAGGUUCCUCCAGGACUCCAUCACGUUUUUGCGGAUAUCCAUCAAAGAGGUCAUAACCUCCAUGGACAGCAACCUCACCUGCAGCCUCCUGAAACUGCUGGACUGCUUCUUCCAGCCCUUCAUCCCCCGAGAGGGUGAGAGGCCACCUCUCCAGGACAAGCUGGAGCGUCUGAAUGAGCUUAUAGAGCCCUGGUUCAUCUUCUCCCUGAUCUGGAGUGUGGGCGCCACAGGAGACGCCCCCAGCUGCCAGCGCUUCAGUGCGUGGCUCCGGGGCAAGAUGGCCGAGGAGAAGAUCGGCCUGCUUUUCCCACAAGAGGGCCUGGUGUAUGACUACCAGCUGGAUGAUGCAGGGAUCAGUAACUUUACUGAGGAAGAGGAGGAAGAAAAAGGGAGGAAGGUUAAGUGGGUCAGCUGGAUGAACUCUGCCCAGGAUGUGGUCAUUACCCCGGAGACAAGCUACUCUGACAUCAUCGUGCCCACCCAAGACACAGUACGCAUGUCCUUCCUGAUGGACAUGUUGCUGUCCAAUAAGAAACCUGUGCUUUGUAUUGGCCCGACUGGCACAGGGAAGACCCUCACCAUGUCUGAUAAGCUGCUGAAGAACAUGUCUUCUGAGUACAUCACACACUUCCUCAUGUUUUCCGCUCGGACCUCAGCCAACCAGACUCAAGAUUACAUUGACAGCAAGCUGGACAAGAGGCGGAAGGGUGUGUUUGGACCCCCCCUUGGCAAGUACUUCAUCUUCUUCAUUGACGACCUGAACAUGCCCCUGCUGGAGACGUACGGGGCCCAGCCCCCCAUAGAGCUGCUGCGGCAGUGGAUGGACCACGGAGGCUGGUACGACAGGAAGCAGAUCGGAACCUUCAAGAACCUGGUGGACAUCAACUUUGCCUGUGCGAUGGGUCCCCCAGGAGGGGGAAGAAACCCCAUCACGCAGCGCUUCACCCGCCAUUUUAACUUCCUCUCCUUCACCGAGAUGGAGGACGCCAGUAAGAGGAAAAUCUUCUCCACUAUUCUGGGAAGCUGGAUGGAACCUGUCCCAGAGAUCCAGCCCCUCAACGAGCCCCUGGUGGACGCCACCAUCCUCGUCUAUGCCACCAUCACUUCCCAGCUGCUCCCCACUCCAGCCAAGUCCCACUACACCUUCAACCUCAGAGACCUCUCCAAAGUCUUCCAAGGCAUCCUGAUGGCCGAAGCCACCAAGACUGAGGACAAGGUGCACCUGCUGCAGCUGUGGUACCACGAGAGCUGCCGGGUGUUCCAGGAUCGCCUGGUGAAUAAGGAAGACAGGGACUGGUUUGACCAGCUGCUGCAGGCUCGCAUCCAGGAGUUUGGCUGCAGCUUUGAGGAGGUUGUAUCCACCCAGCCUCUCAUGUUUGGAGACUUCAUGAUCCCAGGCACCGACAACAAAGUCUACCAGCUCAUUGAGGACAAGGAAAAGCUGGCCAGGGUCAUGGAGGAGUAUAUGGACGAUUACAACCAGAUCAGUACCACCAAGAUGAAGCUGGUGCUCUUCAUGGACGCCAUCCAGCACGUGUGUCGCAUCAGCCGCAUCCUGCGCCAGCCCCUGGGCAACGCCCUGCUGCUGGGCGUGGGGGGCAGCGGGCGCCAGUCUCUCACCAAGCUGGCCACUCACAUUUCGGACUACGAGUGCUUCCAGAUCGAGCUCUCCAAGAACUACGGCCUGGCCGAGUGGAAGGAGGACAUCAAGAGUAUCAUGCUGAAGGCUGGCCUGCAGAACGUCCAGAUCACCUUCCUGUUUGUGGAUACCCAGAUCAAGAGCGAGUCGUUCCUGGAGGACGUGAACAACAUCCUGAACUCGGGGGACGUCCCCAACCUGUAUGCGGUGGACGAGCAGGAGAGCAUCCUCACAGCCAUGAAGCCCGUGGUGCAGGACCUGGGCCAGCAGCCCACCAAGGCCAACCUGAUGGCUGCUUACAUCAAGAGGGUCCGCUGCAACAUCCACACCGUGCUCUGCAUGAGCCCUAUAGGUGAGGUGUUCCGUGCGCGGUUGAGGCAGUUCCCCUCCCUGGUGACCUGCUGUACUCUAGACUGGUUCAGCGCCUGGCCAGAAGAGGCCCUGCAGUCUGUCGCUUCCUCCUUCCUCAGUGAACUGCCAGAGCUGGAGGCCGGCCCCACUGCUAUGAGAGGCAUGACUUUGAUGUGUGUGGAGAUCCACCAAAUGGUGGCCAGGAAGUGUCAACAGUACCUGGCUGAGCUGUCCCGCUACAACUAUGUCACCCCCAAGAGCUACCUGGAGCUGCUCAUCAUCUUCUCUUCUCUCAUCGGAGGCAAGAAGCAGGAGCUGCACAGCGCCCGCCAGCGCAUGAAGACCGGUCUAGACAAGCUCCUGAGGACAGCGGAGGACGUGAGUAAGAUGCAGGAGGAGCUGGAGAUGAUGAGACCCCUGCUGGAGGAAGCUGCCAAGGACACCGUGGUCACCAUGGAGAAGAUCAAGGAAGACACGGUGGUGGCAGAGGAGACCCGCACGGCCGUGCAGGCGGAGGAGGCCAAGGCCUCAGAGAAGGCCAGCGUUGCUCAGGAGAUUGCUACCGACGCCCAGAAAGACCUGGAUGCGGCUCUGCCUGCACUGGAUGCUGCUCUCACCAGCCUCAAGUCUCUCAACAAGAAUGACGUCGUAGAGGUGCGAGCUAUGCAGCGUCCUCCCAAUGGGGUGAGGCUGGUUGUGGAGGCAGUGUGCAUCAUGAAGGGCAUUAAACCCAAGAAGGUGGCUGGGGAGAAGCCAGGCACCAAGGUGGACGACUACUGGGAACCUGGAAAGGGCCUGUUGCAGGACCCUGGCAAGUUCCUGGAGGGGCUUUUCAAAUUUGACAAGGAAAACAUUCCAGAUUCUGUCAUCAAAUUAAUUCAGCCAUACAUUGAUAAUGAAGAGUUCCAGCCAGCCAACAUAGCCAAAGUAUCCAAGGCCUGCACCUCCAUCUGUCAGUGGGUGCGAGCCAUGCAUGUGUACCAUUUUGUGGCCAGGGGUGUGGAACCAAAAAGGCAAGCCCUUCAAGAGGCCUCAGAGGACUUGGCUGCGACGCAGCUCAUCCUUGACGAUGCCAAGGCAAAGCUUGAUAAAGUGGAGGAGGGCAUCGCCACCCUGCAGGCCAAGUACCUCGACUGCCUGGCCAAGAGGGACGAGCUGGACACCAAGUGCCAGCUGUGUGAGUGCCGCCUGGUCCGCGCAGACAAGCUGAUUGGAGGGUUAGCUGAUGAGAAGGUGCGCUGGAAGGAGACAGUGCAGCACCUGGAGUACAUGGUCAAUAAUGUAUCAGGAGACGUGCUGCUGGCAGCAGGAUAUGUGGCCUACCUGGGGCCUUUCACUGGGGAGUACCGGGCCUCCAUGGCAGAAGAGUGGCUGCAAGGUUUUCAAAAGCUAGGUGUUCCUCACACUAAAGAUCCCAACCUCAUCAGCACCCUGGGGGACAAGGUCAAGAUACGCUCGUGGCAGAUUACCGGUUUACCCAAGGACAAUCUGUCAGUGGAGAAUGGUGUGAUCACUCAGUACUCCAAACGCUGGCCUCUGUUUAUUGACCCCCAGGGACAGGCCAACAAGUGGGUCAAGAACAUGGAACGGGAAAAUGGAUUGGAUGUGAUGAAGCUGAGUGACCGGGACUUCCUGAGGAGUUUGGAGAACGCAAUUCGCUUUGGGAAGCCCUGCCUACUGGAGAAUGUAGGCGAGGAGCUGGACCCUGCUCUGGAGCCUGUUCUCCAGCGACUGACCUACAAGCAGCAAGGCAGCACGGUUCUGAAGCUGGGAGACGCAAUCAUUCCCUACCACGAUGACUUCAAGAUGUAUAUCACCACCAAGCUGCCCAAUCCACACUACUCCCCUGAGAUCUCCACCAAGGUCACCCUCAUUAACUUCACCCUGUCCCCCAGUGGUUUGGAGGACCAGCUGCUGGGCCGGGUGGUGGCUGAAGAGAGGCCUGACCUGGAGGAGGCAAAGAACCAGCUGAUAGUGAGUAACGCCCGUAUGAAGCAGGAGCUGAAGGAGAUCGAGGACCAGAUCCUGUUCCGUCUCAGCUCGUCAGAGGGCAACCCUGUGGAUGACGAGGAGCUCAUCCGAGUGCUGGGUGCCUCCAAGGUCAAAGCCGAGGAGAUCAAGGCCAAAGUGAUGGUUGCCGAGGAGACGGAGCGGGACAUUGAUGCCACCCGUCUGGAGUACAUCCCUGUGGCUGUGCGCACUCAGAUCCUCUUCUUCUGCGUGUCGGACCUGUCCAACGUGGACCCCAUGUACCAGUACUCCCUGGAGUGGUUCCUGGGCAUCUUCCUGUCCGGCAUCGGCAACUCCGACAGGGCAGACACGGUGGGGCAGAGGAUCAUCAACAUCAACCAGUUCUUCACCUUCAGCCUCUACAGUAACGUGUGCCGCAGCUUGUUUGAGAAGCACAAGCUCAUGUUCGCCUUCCUCCUGUGUGCUCGCAUCAUGAUGAACGACGACAAGAUAGACAUGGCGGAGUGGAGGUAUAUGUUGUCUGGAGGGAUGCCCCAGCAGCAGCUGCCCAACCCAGCGGUGAGCUGGCUGUCUGUGCGAGCCUGGCAGGACAUCCUGGCUCUGUCUGCCCUGCCCACCUUCAGCAGCCUCCCUGAGAGCUUCUCCCAGCACAUAGAGGGCUUCAAGACCAUCUUUGACAGCAACGAGCCCCACAGGGAGCCUGUCCCAGGAAAACUGAACACAACCUUGGACUCCUUCCAGAAGUUACUGGUGCUGCGCUGUCUGAGGGCUGACCGCCUCACUCAUGGCCUGCAGGACUUUGUGGCUGCCCAUCUGGGCCAGCGCUUCAUCGAGCCCCAGACGUCAGAUCUGUCCGUGGUGUUUAAGGAGUCGUCCCCCUCCACGCCCCUCAUCUUCGUCCUCUCCCCUGGAACUGAUCCUGCCGCUGACCUGUACAAGUUUGCUGACCUCAUGAAGUUCUCCAAGAAGAUGAGCGCCAUCUCGCUGGGCCAGGGCCAGGGUCCCUGGGCCGAGGCUUUGAUGCACAGUGCCAUGGAGAGAGGGAAGUGGGUGUUCUUCCAGAACUGCCACCUGGCUCCCAGCUGGAUGCCCUCCCUGGAGAGACUCAUUGAGAACAUUGACCCAGAUAAGGUACACAGGGACUUCCGUAUGUGGCUCACCAGCCUGCCCAGCAACAAGUUCCCCGUGGCCAUCCUGCAGAACGGCUCCAAGAUGACCAUCGAGCCGCCCAGGGGCAUCAAGGCCAACCUGCUGAAGACGUACCUGAGCCUCACGGAUGACUUCAUCACAACCUGCUCCAAGACUGCGGCGUUCAAGUGCCUGCUCCUGUCCCUGUGCCUGUUCCACGGGAACACCAUCGAGCGCAAGAAGUUCGGCCCGUUGGGCUUCAACAUCCCGUAUGAUUUCACUGAUGGAGACCUGCGUAUCUGCAUCAGCCAGCUGAAGAUGUUCCUGGACGAGUACCACGACGUUCCCUACAAGGUGUUGAAGUACACUGCCGGGGAGAUCAACUACGGCGGGCGUGUGACUGAUGACUGGGACCGCCGCUGCAUCCUCAACGUGUUAGAGGACUUCUACUGUCCCUCCGUGCUCCACCCCGACCACGCCUACUCUCCCUCUGGAGUCUACAGACAGAUCAACACGGAGCUGGACGUCAAGGGCUACCUGGACUAUAUCCGUGGCCUGCCCAUCAACGACACACCUGAGAUCUUCGGUCUCCAUGACAACGCUAACAUUAGUUUUGCACAGAAUGAGACGUUUGCUCUGCUAGGAGCAGUGUUGAAACUGCAGCCCAGAGCAGCUGCCAGUGGGGGCAAGGGCAGAGAGGAGAUGGUGGAAGAGAUUGUGGCAGGUAUAGUGCAGAAGAUCCCUCCACUCAUAAAUGUUGUAGAGGUCAUGGCCAAGUAUCCAGUCAUGUAUGAGGAGUCCAUGAACACAGUGCUGCUGCAGGAGGUCAUCAGGUAUAACCGGUUGCUGGAAGUCAUAUCCCAGAGUCUCAGUGACAUAGUGAAGGCUCUGAAGGGCUUAGUGGUGAUGUCAUCAGAACUGGAGCUCAUGGCCAACAGCCUUUUCAUCAAUGUGGUGCCGGACAUAUGGAAGGGCAAGGCCUACCCAUCCCUGAAGCCUCUGGCCUCCUGGGUGUCUGACCUUCUCCUGAGGAUCAAGUUCUUGAAGGGCUGGAUCUCUGACGGGAUCCCAGCGGUGUUCUGGAUCAGUGGUUUCUUCUUCCCGCAGGCCUUCCUCACAGGAACACUCCAGAACUAUGCUCGUCGAUCCGUGGUCUCCAUAGACACCAUUGGUUUUGACUUCAAGGUGAUGAAGGUGUCGGCUGCAGAGUUGAAGGAGCGUCCUGACAUGGGCUGCUACAUCCACGGUCUGUUCCUGGAGGGAGCCUGCUGGGACAGGCAGGAAGGCCUGCUCAAACAGUCCAGACCCAAAGAGCUGUACACAGAGAUGGCUGUCAUCUGGAUGGUCCCUGAGCCCAACCGCAAAGCUCCCUCCUCUGGGAUCUACAUCUGCCCCAUCUACAAGACCCUCACUAGAGCCGGAACCCUGUCAACAACUGGGCAUUCUACCAAUUAUGUCAUUGCUGUGGAGCUGCCCACAGACCAGACCCAGAGACACUGGAUCAAACAGGGGGUGGCCCUCAUCUGUGCACUAGACUACUGAAGACACACACACAUACACAACACACACACUACACAUGCACACAAGAUCACACACAUUAUAUAGACAUGUGGCACAGACCCUGUCCCUAGCAGGGUCUGUGCCACAGGGUCUAAAAUACAGGUUCAGGAUUGUGGAUUAUUCUCUGAAUUAAAAUUAACAUGCUAAGCAUGUUUUAAACAUUGUA